AUGGCUGCAAAUACAGAAACUUCACCUCUGAACGAUUGUGCAAGUGAUGAGGAACAGGCAUUGAGGGACGUUGAAUGGCAACCGAUCGCAGAUCGACUAGUGAAUGCUAAUUUAUGGCUUACUGCACUAGAAUUACACACGGAACUGAUAGAAAAUGGUAUCGAGCUACCACGCCUAAGAGAUUUCUUUUCUAAUCCUGGAAACUUUGAAAGACAGAGUUUCCCGAAAGAGCCUGCCAAUAUUUCACCCAGUCAAAGUAUAACGACGCUAGAUUCUGUGGAACUAACUAGAUAUUCUGAUGAUGGUGGAAAGUAUCCGGAGGACCAAGUAGCAGUACUUGAAUUUGAGCUUCGUAAAGCCCAAGAUACUAUAAAAGCUUUACGGGGAAGUCUAACCAUGGCAACCGAGGGACAAACUGAAGGUAACAUGAAAGAAAAGAAGCAGGUCAUCACUAAAGAUGAUAUUCCAAGUGUAGAUGAACCUAUUCUACCGCACGAAAAACGCGCCUUAAAUUAUUUAGUUAAUGAAUAUCUAUUAAAGCAGAAUUAUCGUUUAACUUCAAUUACUUUUACGGACGAAAAUGAUGAUCAGGAUUUUGAAGAUUGGGAUGACGUAGGAUUGAAUGUUCCCAAGCCACCUGGUCUACUAGCUAUGUUUCGUGGAAGUGCUAUGCCAGUAAUGCCAAACGAAGAAUUUGAAAGAGAAAAACAAAUGUUAAGAGAUGAGAUAAAUGCGCUGGACACGACACGGACAUCUCUAAAUGAACAGUUGCAGUCCAUUAACAAUGUGAAUGAAAAUCUACAAAUUAAAAAUGAAGAAAUGGAACAGGUAAUAGUUCAGUUAAAGAAUGAGCUGGAUGAAGCUAGGAGGCAACCUUCUCCACCUAUUCAAGAGAUUCAAGAAGAACACAUCUUAAAUAAUAAUAUUACAGAAUCACAGGAGGAAGAGUUUACGUCUAGAAAUGAGCCGGAAGAAAACGAGAGCGAAAAAACCACUCAUAAUGAUAUAGAGUUCGAUCAGCCCGAGGUCGUUACAGAUGAUCGUUCAAUUGCUGUAGAGCAAUUAAAUGCAGAAAUUGAGCAUACAGAAAACCAAGAUGCAACGACUGAAAAAGUGGAGCUAUCUACUGACCAAGAGGAAGUCUCACAGUUGGGAGAAGAUAAUAGUAGAAUAUUUGAUCCCAAAAAUGUCAUAUCGAAACUACUAGAUAGUAAUCCAGAAAAGAUGUCUACUGCCUUUUUGAUACUCUUACGGUCUAUGGUAUUAAAUAUUAAGGAAGAAGAGGAUAGGCUUACUUCAGAAAUUUGUAAUAUCGAAGAUACCGUUGAAAGUGCAGUCGGAUUAUUAACAAGGUGUUUACCCUUCAUUGUUCCUAAUGUCUUAUUAAAUAAGAGAGACGAAUUACUCCCAAUGAUAUUGUUUGCUACUAUUCAGCAAACCGAUAAGAAUGAGCGCGAUAAGUUAUUACACAUGCUUUUUAAUUUAAUAAAGAGACCUGAACAGCUUCAAAGAAAAGUAAUAAUUGAGGGUUGUGUGGCAUACGCAAAGCAUGCGGGACCGGGUCGAACUGAAGAAGAGUUACUUCCACAGUGUUGGUUACAAAUUGAUCAUAAAUUCCAUGAGCGUAGAUUGUUGGUGAUUGAGGCCUGUGGUGCUCUUGCUUCUCAUUUAUCGGAGGAAAUUACAAGCUCACUUAUUUUGUCAAUGCUUAAACAAAUGUACUUCGAAAACAAAUCUCCAGAAAUUAAGGAAGCUAUUGUUAAGACAUAUGGACUACUAAUGGCUUACGUAGUGAACGAAGAUAAAUACGAGCAGAGUUUUGACGUACUCAUGGCCGCAAUCCAAGAUACAUCGGAAAGUGUUAUUAAUGCAGCUUUAGAGAUAUUUCUUCCUUCGCUAGCUAUGUGGGCCUAUCAGUUAAAUCUCUUAGAAGUUCACAUGAUUGGUACUCUAAUUAAGACAGUAGAAAACAUGAUCCUAACUGCUCCAUUACCAGAUCAAUUGGAUGAGCAAAAUUCAGCUACAAGUAGAUUUGAAAAUCGCUUAGAUCAUGUCAUUAAGGCUCUCAUUAAUCUAACUCCAGCAAUGUAUGCUAUGGUUUUAAAAUCAGAAAUUGAUCAAAGUAUUAGCGCCAGGCUAACCGACCUCGAUGUUAUUAUUGGUAGUAAAAAGCUAACAAAGUCACUCCAUGAUAAAUUUAACGAAUUAAUGCAAAAAAAUGACGACGAAGAAGUAGAGAUUUGGAAUGCUUUGAAGUGGGUUAUGGAUGACUACUUACCAAGACUUAUGGCAACGUUAGGAUCGCUUGAUGUGUCCCUUUGGAAGGCUGUAAAUUCCCUUUCGAAGUUACUGAAUGUCUUUUGCAGAACCUUUGGCCGCGGCUUCACCGAAACAAGAGUUAAAGCUAAUUUUAAAGUUAUGCUAUCUCCCGGUGCUGUCGUUUCUGAUGGUAGAUGUUCCUUGGCGACAAGCGUUAUGGCUGCAUACGCUAUUGGUAUACUAACUGCCUUUACAGAAAUAUCUGAUCGAGAGGAGCUCGCCGCAUUUUUAAAAGAAACCAUAUUUUACUUAGGAGAAAAUAAUAUCUCCUUGGAGAGUGUCAAAACUACAUUUAUUAACUUGGGCAAAGAUCAUGAUUUACAUGAAUUUCUAAUCAACAUCUUAUGGGAUGCUGUCGUACAUACGUCUCCGGUCGUGCGAAGCUAUUCUGCUAUACUCUUGAAGAAAUUACAAAUGAAAUUUCCUUACCGCAAUAACCAGUUAAACAAAUCUGUAUACUUUCGCAGACAAGUAAGACUUGCAACCGUUUCAGCGUUUGGCAGCAUUGCUGAACGAGUAUCAAAGAACGAAAUUUUAGAGAGAAUUGGCGCUCAGUUUCAGUCAUUUUUGGAAGAUAACUCCGUGAAUUUUUAUUAUGACAUCGUCAGGGAGAUUGUUCAAUGUUUCUCUCGUAUUGGACCUAAUGCAGAUCCUAGUUUUCGCGACGAAUCAGUUUACUCUGAUAAUGUUUUGGAAUCAUAUGUUUUACCUGGUCUUAGAUGUCUUCUCGUGGAUAUCCAAGCUGUAUAUCCAGAAAAUCAGAAUGUUAUUGAAGCCAUGAUAGAUGACUGCGAAGCAAAACUAAGUACCAGCAAUAUUAAUCAGGAAACGGUAGCAGCUGCAGCCGUAAAAGAGGAUUCGCAAAAUAAUUUCUUACAGAAGAUCAAAGAAAAACGUUUCACUGGCAAAAAUGUUGCCCAAAUGUUCUCAAGGAGGCAAUAG